AUGUUACCUGCAGAAGAUACCAGAGGUGAAGGCGGCACAGGUGAAGCAACCGGAGGCGGAUGCGAAGUCGGCGGCGGCGGCGACGUUGCCGACCGAAUGGAUGCAGACAGAAUCAGAGGAAGAGGAGAAAGGGGUGGAAGAGAACCGGCGUCGAUGAGGGAGCCGAAGGGCUUUGUUGUCGGCGACGAUGUCGAAGACGGCAUUGAUGUCGGAGGCGGUGUUGUAGAUCGGAGGAGGUGGACGAUUAUUGGAGAUCGAUGGAGUUUCAAAUCUGAUUCGGUAAAUGCUAAAAUUCAGAUUCAGAUCAAAACUUAA